AUUGAAAAUACAAAUAAAAACAGAAAACAGUAAGUAAAAUGGGAAGUAUGAAAUUAGAAUAGCUUGAAAAAAAGCAGGGUUGCAGAGGCCAAAAUAGUCGGCCCCGUUUUUGAAGCGCGGGGUUUUCAUUUUUCUUAUUUCCCUUUUUGAAAUAGCCUGUCCACACCAGUAAGGCAGUAACUCUCGCAUUCUCAUGGCGGCAACCCUUCAAUUGAAAAGCUCUCUUCGUAGACUCAAACCUCUAUUCUCGCACCAGAGGUUCUGUCACACUAUUCUUGAAGGUCGUUCAGAAGACGAGUUUCUCGCUGAGCUGGGUCCCAAAGAAAUGGUUGCUUCUGGGAUUGCCGACAGUCCUGAUACUUCAAAAUGGAAAAAGAUGGAUGCAAGAAAACUUGGAAUAACAUUGUCGAUGAUACCGUAUGCAUCAAGGACCGUUGUUAAGAUUCUACAAAAUGAAGGUUAUGAUGCUUAUUUGGUUGGUGGAUGUGUAAGAGAUUUACUACUGAACAAAAUCCCCAAAGAUUUUGAUGUGAUCACAACAGCAAAUCUCAAAGAGAUCAAGAAAAAAUUUCAUCGUGCUUUUAUAGUGGGCCGGAGGUUUCCAAUUUGUAGGGUUCAUGUCAGAGGUUCUGAAAUUGAGGUAUCUAGUUUUGAAACAACAGCAAGCCAUGGAGGAGGGGAGAAAGAAGUUAAUUUGUCUGAGAUAAAGGUACCCAAAGGUUAUGACAAAAAGGAUCUCAUGCGCUGGAGAAAUUCCUUGCAUCGAGAUUUUACUGUCAAUAGUUUGUUCUAUGAUCCAUUUGCGCACAAAAUUUAUGAUUAUACCAAUGGAAUGACAGAUUUGACGGCCAUGAAGCUACGGACUCUUGUCCCUGCUCAUUCUUCAUUUCAAGCAGAUUGUGCAAGAAUAUUGCGGGGACUAAGAAUUGCUGCUCGUCUAGGACUCUCAUUUGCAAAAGACACAGAGGAAGCAAUACACGAUCUCUAUGCUUCUGUUAAGACAUUGGAUAAGGCCAGGUUAAUGAUGGAGAUGAAUUAUAUGAUAUCAUAUGGUGCUUCUCAGUCUUCCCUUCUCCUCCUUAAGAAGUUCAACCUUCUUGAGAUUUUACUUCCAUUUCACGCUGCUUAUCUUGCUGAUCGCUCUGCUGGACAAACUCCUGCAAUGUUGAUGAAAUUGUUCUCUAAUCUGGAUAACGUGGUUUCAUGUGAUCAACCCUGUGAUUCUGUCCUGUGGGUAAGCAUGCUGGUUUUCCACCUUGCAUUGGUCAAUAAUCCUCAAGAUGCUCUUGUCGUUUGGACCUUCUCUUCUCUUCUGUACCAUGGCACGUGGAAAGAAGGUGUAAAAGCUGCCAGAGAACUUUCUGAAGGGCAUGUUAAUUUUGCGCCAGAGAUCUUUACUUCCUUUGAUGAUAUAGGAGAUGAGGAACUUGUGCAAAGAGUUUCUGAUUUUGCUUCAAUUGUCCUGGACUCUGUAGGUGGUUUAACUGAUUCUAAAAUUCUUCGUAAAGUCAUGGGUCGUUACCCAUCUUCUCCAUGUCCUGGGGCGGUAUUUAUAUCAAACAAUGCUGGUAGAGCAGCAACCGAUGUUUUUGAUGUGCUGAUGGGCGACAUCAAGACUCUAAAAAAGAAAAGGCAUUGUUACGGGAUUGAUUACGAACUUCUUGGAAAGGGGGACAUAGUGGAGACUAGAUUUGUUCUUGGCAAGGUUAUUGUGGACACAAUGAGGGGUGGGAUUACCAAGUUGCAGACCAAGCUUCUUUCGGAGAAGAAAGAGGGCUUCCAUGCAUCUAAACUUAAUGUUGAGUCAAUGGAUCUUGGGAAAACAAAUUCAACGGAUAUCAAAGACAAGACACAAAACUUAAAAGGCAAGUCAAAGCGCAAAACGGAUGGACCUGAUGAUCAAGUGCACAAACCAAGUACUAAGAAACAGAAGCAGAGCAAGAAUACAGAUGCUGUGCUUGUUAAUAACAAGUUGGGGGAAAUUUUAAGUUGCCAGAGUUUAGCAAAGAAAAAGCAGCAGCAUAAGAAAGAGGUGGUGAAAGAUGUCAACAGUUUGUUGCAGAAAGAAAUAACUCAGCAAGAUGCUAAGCUUGAAAUAAGACAGCACUGCGAAAAGGAGAAAAAAGUACCCACAAUGGCGAAACAACAGCAGACUUUGGUUCCUAAUGAUAUACUGUAUGUUCUAGAAAAUGUUUCCAAAAUAGAGAAACAGCAGGAUGGUCAGAUUCCUGAAGAGACACUGAAUGUGCUAGAAGAUGCAUCUCAAGUACUAAAGCAUCACAAAGCUCGGGCACCUAUGGAUAUGCUCAAUGUGUUAAAACUCUCUAACCUCUUUGAAGGAGAUGAGGAUCCUAGCAAGAAAUACAUGAAACAAAAAAUGCUGCCCAAGGAGUCUAAAAAGACAAAGAGAACACCCAAAUUGUCUAGUAUUUUUAAAUGAGUUUUGAUGUGUUCUAUGUUCACCAACUCUUAAAAGUUCAACGUUUAUAUCACCAAACAGAUGGUAGAAGAAUGCCCGCUGGAAUCCGUGACAGGUGCACAUCACGUUUUUGGGUAUCCAGGGAACUGUAGUCUGAUAGGGACUUGGGGAGGUGUUUUGAGGAAAAAUAGGCAGGUAUUUCUAGGUUUAUUGAGGCUGUGAUAUACAAAAUUCAGGAGUCUAUUGUAAUGAGCUGCUAUUUUUAUCUUGUUUCUCUACUUCUCGAUGUUUAUCUAGAAUUGUUUUAGGAAUUUCAGGUAGCUUAUUGCCUUUUGCAGGAUAAUGCUGGUGCAAUUCUUUGUUCGGUUCACUAUCCGCAUCUUCAGCCUGUUGCUAUGCCAACACCUUAGUUUUCACUUUA